AUGGGCACCGCGGCGGCGGCGGCGGACGUGGUCAUCCCGGCGUGCGCGGCGGUCGGCAUAGCCUUCGCGCUGUGGCAGUGGUUCCUCGUCUCCAAGGUGAAGGUGUCGGCCUACGCGGCGCCCGGCAAUGGCCACCACCACGGGGGCCCCGUCUUCCGGAUGGAGGACGACGGGGAGGAUGUCGGCAUCGGCGGCGACCACGACGAGGAGGUGGAGGAGGGCGCCGGCGACCGCACCGUCGCAGUGGCGCGAUGCGCGGAGAUACAGAGCGCCAUCUCGGUUGGAGCCAACUCGUUCCUUUUCACGCAAUACAAGUACCUCGCCGCCUUCACGGCGAUCUUCGCGGUGGUGAUCUUCCUCUUCCUGGGCUCCGUGCACCGGUUCAGCACCGACAGCCGCCCAUGCCAGUACACCCGCGGCCGGACCUGCAAGCCGGCACUAGCCAACGCGACGUUCAGCGCCAUCGCCUUCCUCCUCGGCGCCGCCACCUCCGUCGUGUCCGGCUACCUGGGCAUGCGGAUCGCCACGUACGCGAACGCCAGGACCACCCUGGAGGCGCGGCGCGGCAUCGGGGCGGCCUUUGCCACGGCGUUCCGGUCCGGCGCCGUCAUGGGCUUCCUCCUGGCCUCCCUCGGCCUCCUGGUGCUCUACGCCACCAUCAAGGUGUUCGGCCUCUACUACGGCGACGACUGGGAGGGCCUGUACGAGUCGGUCACCGGCUACGGCCUCGGCGGGUCGUCGAUGGCGCUGUUCGGGCGCGUCGGCGGCGGCAUCUACACCAAGGCGGCGGACGUUGGCGCGGACCUCGUCGGGAAGGUGGAGCGCAACAUCCCCGAGGACGACCCGAGGAACCCCGCGGUGAUCGCGGACAACGUGGGCGACAACGUCGGCGACAUCGCCGGGAUGGGGUCCGACCUCUUCGGCUCCUACGCCGAGUCCACCUGCGCGGCGCUCUUCGUCGCGUCCAUUUCGUCAUUCGGCGCCGACCACGACUUCGCGGCGGUGGCCUACCCGCUGCUCAUCAGCGCCGCGGGGCUCCUCGUCUGCCUCGUCACCACGCUCCUCGCCACGGACCUCUUCAUGGUCAAGACCGUCCGCGGCGUGGCCCCGGCGCUGAAGCUGCAGCUCAUCAUCUCCACCGUGCUGAUGACCGUCGCCGCCCUCGUCGUGUCAUUCGCGGCGCUCCCCGCCAAUUUCACCAUGUUCGAUUUCGGAGCGGUGAAGCAAGUAAAGAACUGGCACCUGUUCUUCUGCGUCGCCACUGGACUAUGGGCCGGUCUCGCCAUCGGGUUCACCACCGAGUACUUCACCAGCAACGCUUACAGCCCUGUCCGGGAUGUGGCCGACUCGUGCAAGACCGGCGCGGCGACCAACGUCAUCUUCGGCCUCGCCCUCGGGUACAAGUCCGUCAUCGUGCCCGUCUUCGCCAUCGCCGUGUCCAUCUACGUCGGCUUCACGCUGGCCUCCAUCUACGGCAUCGCGGUGGCGGCGCUCGGGAUGCUGAGCACGGUCGCCACCGGGCUGGCCAUCGACGCCUAUGGCCCCAUCAGCGACAACGCCGGCGGGAUCGCCGAGAUGGCCGGCAUGAGCCGCCGCAUCCGGCAGAUGACCGACGCGCUUGACGCCGCCGGCAACACCACCGCGGCCAUCGGCAAGGGCUUCGCCAUCGGGUCCGCCGCGCUGGUGUCGCUGGCGCUGUUCGGCGCGUUCGUGAGCCGCGCGGGCGUCGCGGACGUGAACGUGCUGAACCCCAAGGUGUUCGUGGGGCUGCUCGUUGGCGCCAUGCUCCCUUACUGGUUCUCGGCGAUGACGAUGAGGAGCGUGGGCAGCGCGGCGCUCAAGAUGGUGGAGGAGGUGCGCCGCCAGUUCGCCGCCAUCCCGGGCCUCAUGGAGGGCCGCGCCGCGCCGGACUACGCCCGCUGCGUCAGGAUCUCCACGGACGCGUCGCUCCGGGAGAUGAUGCCGCCCGGCGCGCUCGUGCUGCUCGCGCCGCUGCUCACCGGCACCUUCUUCGGCGUCCGCACGCUCGCCGGGCUGCUUGCCGGCGCGCUGGUCUCUGGCGUCCAGAUCGCCAUUUCUGCUUCCAACAGUGGCGGAGCAUGGGACAAUGCCAAGAAGUAUAUAGAGGCAGGUGCAUCCGACCACGCCAAGUCACUGGGUCCCAAGGGGUCUGACGCUCACAAGGCCGCCGUGAUCGGUGACACCAUCGGCGACCCGCUCAAGGACACGUCGGGGCCGUCCCUCAACAUCCUGAUCAAGCUCAUGGCCGUCGAGUCCCUCGUGUUCGCGCCAUUCUUCGCCGCCCAUGGCGGCCUGAUAUUCAAGUAGACAGGGGGUGAAAGCCUUUUAACAAUGUAAUACACCCUGAUGAGCAUACUGUACAACACAGAUAUCACAACCGGCGAAAAGAGAGAGAAGAAUUGACACAGGCUGAACGAACACAUUAUUCUGUAACUAGAACUUUGCGCAUGGAGUCAGGAUGUUGCCCCUGUGUUC